CAGAACUGGCGCACAAUGGCUUAUGCUGGAGUUUGUGCGCUCGAUACCGGUUUAGCUAUUAAAACCGGUAACUCUGCCGCGUCCGAGCUUCCAUUCAUCCUAGAUAAGUGCCUGCUACGCAUUGAAGCUUGGCGCAUGGCGGAAUUCGCAAACGCGUCAAGUUAAAGCCAGGGCGGCGUUGAUGGGUGUGUGGAGUGUGGUGUAGGUUCGCUUGACCGCAGCCAGCGAGCAGCGAGGACUAGCUGAAACUACGGAGUUUAGGAUGAUUGUGCGAGCAAGCGCGCUGCUCUUUGGGCGUGGUCCAGUGAUAUGACCUGCAGCGCUAUGUGUGGAGCUCUGUGGAUUAGUCCUUUGAUAGAUUAGCUUCUUCACGCUCUUCACUUAUCCUUGCAAGUUUUGCACUUUUAAGUGACACGCGAAACCGGUUGAAGCGCCGUGCCGUGGCCGCUCCACGGCAACUUGGACGCUUGGACCAUGUGCACAGCCGGGGUUAAUCAAAAUGCGCCGUCAGGCUGCUCAGCGCUGGUAGUGUGGCCAGGUCUCGGUGUGUUCAAGUAAGGCAUCUUGUUGCAUAAAGACUUCCAUCGAGGGAGGGCUGCACCUACGAACCCCAAAUUCCGGAUCCAGGGGUGCCACAACCGCCCCCAACCACCCGAAGCGGCAAGCCCAUAAAUCCGCUCACACGCUCAACCUCUGUGUAGUCCGUUGAUAUUCCCGAUCAACAUGGCGCAGUCCCGUCUUGCUCUGGCGCUCAGCGCGCUGGUGCUUGCUGCCGCGGUCGUCAACGCCGAAGUGCAGCUGCACACCGCCGAUGACGACGCCUGGCUUCUCCCCAACUUUCGCCGCAACAUGAUCGCGGAGGCCGGCGGCGCGGCUUAUAAGCACGAGACCGUGCACUGCGACCCCGCCGCUGUGGGCAGCGUGGCUGGCUGCUAUGACCAGGGCAUCCCGGCCGUCGGUAACGUGGAUUUCAAGUUCGGCUCCCCCCAGGUCGCGUACCCCACCGACGGUACUCCUUGGGGCGUGCACCUGACCGGCCCCUACCCCGACGGCCGCACCUAUCUGGUGUCCUGGUUCGUGGGCGGCCCCACCAUCGGCGCCACCGUCACCCGGACCGACCUGAGCGGCAUGAAGACCUACGCCGCCGUGCGCAAGGCCGGAGCCAAGGGCUGGGUCAAGCACUCCGGCUCGGUGAUCAACUACCUGCGUGCCUACUCCGACCCCAGCCUGGUCAACGGCACCUACCUGUCGCCCCAGAUCCACCACGUCGUCCUGCCGCGCCUGGACCCCAACACCUUCUACUACUACCAGCUCGCUGACAUGAGCGGCAAGCUGGUCGGCGAGUACCGCUUCAAGACCCUGCCGGGCCCCGGCAGCAAGACCGUCUACCCCCUGCGCGUGGGCCUGAUCGCCGAUAUUGGCCAGACUGUCAACUCCAGCGACACCCGCGACCACCUGAUGGCCAACAAGCCCCAGGUUGUGAUCAUGGUCGGCGACAACACCUACGCCGACAACUACGGCGCCCUGGACACUGAGGUCCGCAACAGCAAGGGAACCAACCAGCAGCGCUGGGACACCUACCAGCAGCUGUGGCAGCCGCUGUACUCCACCGUGCCCAUCCUCAACUGCGCUGCCAACCACGAGCUGGAGACCAGCGGCAUCCCCGCGGUGAUCAACUACACCACCACCAGCUUCUCCUUCCCCACCAACUUCCCCUUCCAGUCCUACUCGGCUCGCUUCCCCGUGCCCGGCACCACCUCCAACUUCGGCGACAUCACCCAGAACCUGUACUACUCCACUGUCAUCGGCGGCAAGGUCAAGCUGAUCACGAUGAACAACUACGUGCCGUUCCACAAGGGCACCCCGCAGUACGAGUGGGCCAUGAAGGAGUUCGCCUCCGUGGACCGCAAGAUGACCCCUUGGCUGUUCGUGCAGUUCCACGCGCCUCCCUACCACACCUACUACACCCACUACAAGGAGAUGGACUGCUUCCUGUCCGUCUGGGAGGACGUGUUCUACGAGUACGGCGUUGACCUGGUCCUGAACGGCCACGUGCACGCCUACGAGCGCACCCACCCCAUGUACAAGUACAAGCCCGACACCUGCGGUCCCAUCUACAUCACCAUCGGCGACGGCGGCAACGUGGAGGGCCCCUACCGCAACUUUGUGGAUGAGAUCAACCCCAACACCAACAAGACCUACUGCGAGGCUCUGAACUACGGCGGCCUGGGCCCCGUGGCCAUGGCCGCCUCCAAGCCCAGCGGCUGGGGCCCCGGCUACCAGACCCAGGCGCACGCGCCCGGCUGCCCCACCGUCACCUUCCAGCCCGCCACCUCUGUGGACAACGGCCUGCUGGUCCUGUCCAACAUGACCGCCGCCGGCCAGCCCGCCAUGGGCUUCUGCCAGAACAGCCAGCCCACCUGGAGCGCCUAUCGCGACCCCAGCUUCGGCCACGCCAUCCUGGACCUCAUGUCCGACACGUCGGCGCACUUCCGCUGGUUCAAGAACCUGGAGGGCAACGCGGUCGCCAUGGACGAUGUGGUCCUGGAGCGCCUGGACUCGUGCGCCUCGCGCAUGGCCGGCAUGAUGGGCCGCCGCAUGAUGUCGGCCUAAACCACACGAGCAAAGAAGCUAUCGAGCUAAGCACGAAAUCAUUCCACGUGAAUACAGUUGAGAAUGAUGUGCGUGUUCAUUUUGCCGCGGCAUCGGCUUCUGGUUGGUGCCGCUUUCGGGAACCGUGUGCAUGGAAACUCAAACAUGUGCCGUACAUACAUCGCGUGCCGAGGCUUACGCCGCAAGUCUAAUUGACUAGCUGGUUGCUUUCAAGGCCGUGUGCUUUAAUUAUUAUGUGUGUGAGCAUCAAGUGAAACCGGACGCAGACGCGGCUUGUGGCGCAUUGAUUGCCGUCCCCCCUCGUGAUUACACGGUAUCCUCUGCUCCAUUCCCGAGCGAGCGAGCGCGCCUGUACUUCGUGCACGUGCGUUUGCUCAGCGCCCGAAUGCGGCGCAUGACUUCAUGAGAUUUCCCUUGAUUUCUUUGUGUUGGCGGGCAACAGUGACCCUGGCGUUUUGCCAGCAAUAUGCUUGCAUUCAACCGACGGGUGUACGGGAACGGCACGACAUAUGAGAGUUACGGUGUGGGCUACGGCUGCGGCGUAUGUGCCCGCGGCUAUUCCAUCACCGGCAACAGGACAUGUGGGCCAUGUAAUAUUUUGGGAAA